GCUAAACGUAGUUAUGUUGGUAUAAGCUUAAGAUAGAAUAAUAAAAUAAAAAGACAAGGGAUGUUCGAAUUCGUUUGAAAUUCAGGAUAAAUUUAAUUUUGCAUCAAUGCAAAAUCAAAACUCAAAUCAUGUCGAAACAAAUAAAGAAGACAUAUGGUAUAAAAUUUCCGAGACCUAAGUUUGGAUUUAUGUUCAAUGUGGAAAAAGGAUUAAAUAAACUAAAAAGUCAUAAACAGAAGUCGGUCAAGACAGCAUACUUGUUAGCCAUUUUCUUAGGUCCAUUCGGAGCGCAUCAUUUUUAUCUAAACCGAUGGUUUAUGGGAGUUGUGUAUCUGUUGACAUUCGGGAUCUUUGGAGUAGGAUGGAUAAUAGAUUUGUUCCGAAUACGCUCUUUGGUAGAGGAGGAGAAUGAUGCAUGUGAGGAUGAUAAGUAUAAGACGGAGAAGACAGUGUUGGAUUCGUAUCUUGUUUGGUUUCCUUUCGGGAUAAUAGGUUGGCAUCACUUUUACCUGAAGAACUUCUCGUUAGCAUUGCUAUAUCUUUUAACAUUUGGAGUGUACGGUAUAGGCUGGGUUUUGGAUGGAUUUUUCAUGCCAUCUUUAGUAGAACAAAGCAACACAAAGGAAAGAUUCUCAACUGAUCUAGAAAUUCUUAAAACAUACUUAAUUGCUGCCUCGCCCUUCGGAAUUCUCGGUGCUCAUCAGUAUUACAGUGGGAGAAUUUUAUGGGGAUUGUCAUACACGUUCACAUUAGGAGGUUUGGGCAUUUGGUGGCUUUUUGAUUUGUUUAGAAUUUCCGCCCUUGUUCACAGGCGGAAACAAUGGAAAGUUGGAGUUAAUCUUAACAAAAUAUACGCAGACGAUGUGUACCUGAUCUGGAUAUGGUUUGGAAUAUUGGGAGGACAUCAUUUUUACCUCCGACGAUAUAAAGCAGGGUUUUUAUAUCUAUUUACAUUAGGCUGUUUUGGCAUUGGGUGGCUGGUAGAUCUCGUUCGAAUCCCAUGGAUUGUGCGUGAUUAUAACUUGGACCAUGUUGAACAGGACGAAAUUACAUUCAGCGAUGCCUUUAUGGAGUCUUUGUCUGAUUUUGACCGUCAGGAAUUACAACGUGCUAUAAGGCGCGCACGAUAUAGUGGAGAUGAUAAUUCUGUCUUCGAAAACGAUGACGGAGAUGAGAUUGAAGUAAGUGGUUAUGAGUUUUCCGGAUUAAAUUCUUCUUUAAAUAGUUCACAACGACCAAAAUUUGACGUAGGCUCAAGAAGAGAGUCAACCAUUGAAGAUGAUGAUAAAAACGUAGCUAUGGUAACAACAGUGGCAAUUAUCUCUAGCCCUGAUGAGUCUGUUGCAGCAUCUGCAAAAACUGACAAGUCACAAAAACGAACGACAGAUAAUAACGAGUCCUUUGGUAAAGGCAAAAAGUCAAAAUCUCAGGGCGAGAAAGAGAAAACGGUAAUAUUAAACCCUGCUUUAUUUAGUGCUUUACAUAAUAUUAUUGAGAAUGGGAACCAUCCGUUAAAUGCAUCUAUAAAUCGUUCAAAAAGUAUUCCAGCAAGAUUUUGCAAUGAAAGCAACUUAAAAAGAUAUUCUAACAAUAUGCUAGAAAGACAACCAUCAGAGCAUAAGUUUCAAAUAAACGAAACCAAUCACAUCGAGACAAAUACAAAUCAUAACUGUCAUAGUGCAAAUGAAAUUAUUAAAAACGAUAUGGAAGCUACAGACCUUCAUACAAAUAAUGGAAGAAAGCUAGGAAAAUCUGCGAGUUCACAAUCCUUCACAUCUACAGCUGUUCUCAAUCGUGUGAAAUCUGAUGCAGGUGAAGAGGAUGCUGCAGCUAAGCGGAAGCGGAAGCUGCUCAUGCGAUCCAACACGCAAGUAGCUGGAUUAUUGUGGUAUGAUCCACAUGACGCUGCACAAAAUGUUAAACCAAAUCGUAGAGCUAGUGAGAGUGAAAUAAAUAGUAAUUCAUUAAAUAGUAAUGAUUCAAUUUCAACACUUCCUAGAGUAACGAAAAUUCCUAUACGUGCGGUAAAAAGGGCAGGCAUGAAAAGAGAGAAUUCUCUUCCAAUAAUGUCGUCUGCGCAAACGCAAACUUUCUCAAGAAUUGACGAGGAAUCAGACAUUGAAACAAAUGUUCAAAAAGCAAAAAAUAUACUUCCAAAUGGUAGGAAAAAGUGUCACAGCAUCUCCGAGGAGAUUGUUCAUAUUGUAUCGUCUGCUUCGUUAGUCAAUGUUUUUGAUGACGUAGAAGAAAUUCCAACAGGUCCAGAUACGUCAAAUAAAUCGUCAUCUAACAUAUUAAUAGCAGGUAAAGAUACAGGUAUCGGACUUCAUAAUGCCAUUUCUGAAAGUAGACCAAUUACUAAACGAUCGAUGAGUUUCCCUAGUCGACAAAUAUCAUUUAAUGAAGACACGUCUUAUCAAAAUGGCAAAGUGCUUAUUAUUGAUGACGGAGAACAUUUUGACAAUUCCAAGUCGUUAAGACGUUCGUCCACACAAUCUGGGAUAAAAGAGUUGGCACCUGAAGAAAAUACAAAACUUAAGAAGAGGAGAAAAUCAUUUAUUCCGAAGCUAACUAAAUCUAAGUCAGAUGCCCAUACACCGGUGAUGAAGCUUGAUGUACCGAAUGACGAUGAGACCACACACGAAGCAUGGUCAUCAAGUGAUACCAAUAAAGCAGGAUUUCUUACAAUAAAAUGAGUUUACC